GCGAUGAGAUGAUGUUUUUUGAGUUUUUGUCGCAUUUGUGAUUGAUUGAUUGAUUGAAGCUCUUGUGAAGUUUGUGAGUUAUUGAGUUGUUGAGUAUUGGAUUUAUUCUUGAAUUGCUCUGCAACCACAAGCACCUACUCAAGUGUAGCCUGAUAUAUCUUUGGAUCUUUUCGAUUGUUGAUUUGAGAGUGUUUGAUUCGCGAACUCGAUCAAGAUGUCUACAUAUUAUCCUCCUCCUCCUGGAGGUAAUGGAACUCCAGCUCCAGCUCCCCAGCAACAACAAUACGCUCCUCCGCCGACUUCUCCUCCAGCUCCCCAACAACAGCAAUACGCUCCUCCGCCGACUUCUCCUCCACCAAACCAAACGUCGUUCCAAUAUGCUGCUCCACCAACCUCUCCUCCGCCAAAUCAAACCUCGUUCCAAUACCCUGCUCCACCGGUCUCUCCCCCAGCUCAAUCCUCGCAUGCCUACUAUCCUCCUCCCCCUUCCACCUCCACAACAAGCUAUACUCCUCCUCCCAACCCCCAACCCACUCCUCCCCAGCAACAGAAAUACGCAUCUCCCCCAAAUUUCUCUCAUCGACCCUCUUAUUCUGGCGGCCAACAUACUCUCCCCAUCCAUACACCACCGCCCCAGCAAUCCCAAUCCUAUGCCUCUUCCUCCGCGGUUUCUCCUCAGGAAACACAUCACCCCAACUAUUCACAAGCGAGCUCCAACCCAACUAUAAAUACGUCAGAUUAUCCGCCCGAAAAGCCCGCUCUCAAUACAAGUCUCACGUCAAAUUUGGAUCAUGGAGCACCCAGCGCAGCACAUUUUGUAGGAGCAAGUGCUACGCAGGAUGAUGUGGGGACGUUUAAUGGAGGAAGUUAUCGCGUUAGUCAUAGAGAUACGAAUAGUAUUGUGACGAUUCAGUUAGCGAUGGGAUGUCCAUUGACUGUUAAACCUGGCGCAAUGAUCGCAAUGACCCCCACCAUAACCCUCAAAGGCGCCAUUAAAUUCUCCAUGAAAAAAUUAGUUAUCGGCGGCGAAUUGGCACAUUCCACCUUUACCGGUCCGGGAGAACUUCUCCUCGCUCCCUCGGCUCUAGGUGAUAUCACGAAUAUUCGACUCACUGGUGAUGAACAAUGGAGUGUGGGAAGAGAUGCUUAUUUAGCUUCUACACAAGGUGUUAUUAAAGAGUAUAAGAGACAGGGAAUUGGAAAAGCGAUGUUCAGUGGAGAGGGCUUGUUUGUUUACAAAAUCACUGGAGUGGGUUUGUUGUGGAUUAGUAGUUUGGGUGCGAUUAUUAGGAAGGAUUUACAAGAAGGCGAACGCUACAUAGUAGAUAAUGGACAUCUCGUCGCCUGGAACACAAAAUACGUAUUGGAGCGCGUGGCUUCGGGAGGAAUCAUUAGUGGAUUGAGUAGUGGAGAGGGAUUGGUGUGUAAGUUUACGGGACCGGGGACGGUCUUCAUUCAAACGAGAAAUCCGGUGGCCUUUGGACAGUGGAUUGCGGCACAUUCGGGUGCUUGAGUAGAGGGAGGGUAAGGAGGGGGGCUGGGCAAGAACAGGACAAGAUGGGAUGGAAUGGAAUGGGAGGCGGCUGUGGAUUUUGUUGAUUUUCUGCGCUUUUGGAGAUUUGCGGAAGCCUAAGGGCAUAUGAUUUGAUUUGGUUCGAUUUUUGUUUUUAUUUAGUGAUACCUUGUCCUUCGUUUUUCACGACUUUUUCACGAAUACUAGUAGGGUCUUUUACUUCGAAAAAAAAAAGCAAUACCAUAUUUCGUGUAUCCAUUCUUCUCUCAAAUAGAUCUAGAUGAUGGAGGUGUGCGAAGAGGUUCUCUAAAAAUGUCGCCAUUCACUUCUAUUUGGCUGUGACUUUCUCUAGUUAAGACAAGUCUCUCGUUGUAGAAAUGCAAUGGAAUGAAAUAAUAAAGAUGUGAAACACACAAAUACGAUCACCAGUAAGCAAAUCAACAAUAGUAAUACUUCCAACUCCCAGUCCUACCCA